CGCUUCGUUACGUUUACAUUCUGUUCUCGACAUUGUGGGGAGCCAUUACCCUCGUACGCGUUAAGCAUCGUGCCAUAUUCCUAUUCGCGCCCUAAAACUAACAUCAUUUUAAUAGUAGUUUUAAGUGAAAUAUUAUGAGAGUGAAGACCGAAAUGGACGAUGACGAGAAGGGUAAACUUUUCGUUGGAGGAUUGUCUUGGGAAACAACGCAAGAAAACCUGCAACGUUACUUCGGUCGUUACGGCGAAGUAAUUGAUUGCGUUGUCAUGAAAAAUAGUGAAUCUGGACGUAGUCGUGGAUUUGGAUUUGUAACAUUUAGCGAUCCUGCUAAUGUUCCUUUAGUCCUUCAAAAUGGGCCGCAUCAGCUUGAUGGGCGCACAAUUGAUCCGAAACCAUGCAAUCCACGAACCUUACAAAAACCCAAACGUAGUGGUGGUUUUCCGAAAGUAUUUCUUGGUGGGCUUCCAAGUAAUGUGACGGAAACUGAUUUAAGAUCCUUUUUUACUCGAUUUGGCAAGGUUAUGGAAGUUGUCAUAAUGUAUGAUCAAGAGAAAAAAAAAUCAAGAGGAUUUGGCUUUCUCAGUUUUGAGGAUGAAGAUGCUGUGGACCGAUGCGUAGCAGAGCAUUUUGUCAGCUUGAAUGGAAAACAGGUUGAGAUUAAACGAGCAGAACCACGAGAUUCUUCAAGCAAGAUGAAUGAUAGUCAUCAAGGUCAGUGGGGUCCGCCUCAACAAGGUGGACCACCAAUGGGUAUGGCUGGGAAUAUGGGACCGAUGGGUGGUCCAAAUGGUCAGAUGGGUGGACCUAUGAUGGGUGGUCCUAUGGGGCCUCCUGGAAAUAUGAUGCAACAAUAUCAAGGUUGGGGUACAAGUCCUCAAACUGGAGGUUAUGCCGGAUAUAGCACUCAGUAUAAUACUCAGGGAUGGGGUGCACCACCAGGACCACCUCAACAACAACAGAUACCGCCUCCUCCACCACAUCAAUGGGGAAGCAGUUAUAAUGUUCAGCCUGCUGCUGCAACUCAAGGCUAUGGAAGUUACGGUGGGCCGGCGGCGGCCGCUUCAGGGGGCUACGGGCCCACGGCGGGUACUGGCGGGGCUGCGGGGGGCGGGCCCGGGGGUUCUUGGAACUCCUGGAACAUGCCACAGAAUGGGCCCCCUCCUGGGACCCAGCCACCACCCCAGCCCCCUCAACCCAACUCCUCGCAGCCCAACUCCAACUCGAACCCCUCUGGCCCGCAGGGGGAUAUGUAUUCAAGACAAACAACCGGCUCAGGUGCACCUGGAACUAGUAGCAGUUCGGCUAAAACUCCGGAUUACAGUGGCUAUUCUGCAUACGGUAAUUAUGCUGAUACCACUUAUCCUCAGCAACGUUCGUAUACGGGAGGAGAAAGCAACCAAGAACAAAAUAUCAUCUGGGCUAAAAAGGAAGUGGUGAAGAUGUGCACGUAAAAAAAAGAUAAGAAAAGAAAGUUGAAAGAAUAGAAAGUAUACAUGUUUACUAAUAGAAAAAAUGUAAUUAAUUAAUUUCACAUUUUUUAUUAUCACAUAUAAACACACACACAUACACAAGAGAUAAUUAAGUAAUGUAACGUAACCAGUUUAUAACACAAAUAUAAGAAUUUUUCUCGAAGACACGACUGAUUAGGUGAAUGUCUCAUCAUAAGUUUUAUUCUCGUUAAACGAUGAAGUUCUUUAAUAUUUAAAUAAAU